AUGUUCCAAGAACCCCUGUCAAAACCACGGCAGCUAUGUUCUGUUAAAAAUGGAAAUUAUUCUUGUAAAUGUCCUCCAGGCUAUAGUGGGAAUACCUGUACGACAACCCCAUGUACUCAUAACACUUGUCGAAAUAGAGGAACUUGUAAAAUUAGUGGAUCAACGUCUAGUUGUGCGUGUCCCACCGGUUUCACAGGCUCCCAUUGUGAAGUUACGCCAUGUUCCAAGAACCCCUGUCAAAACCACGGCACAUGUUCUGUUAAAAAUGGAAAUUAUUCUUGUAAAUGUCCUCCAGGCUAUAGUGGGAAUACCUGUACGACAACCCCAUGUACUCAUAACACUUGUCGAAAUAGAGGAACUUGUAAAAUUAGUGGAUCAACGUCUAGUUGUGCGUGUCCCACCGGUUUCACAGGCUCCCAUUGUGAAGUUAUGCCAUGCUCCAAGAACCCCUGUCAAAACCACGGAACAUGUUCUGUUAAAAAUGGAAAUUAUUCUUGUAAAUGUCCUCCAGGCUAUAGUGGGAAUACCUGUACGACAACCCCAUGUACUCAUAACACUUGUCGAAAUAGAGGAACUUGUAAAAUUAGUGGAUCAACGUCUAGUUGUGCGUGUCCCACCGGUUUCACAGGCUCCCAUUGCGAAGUUACGCCAUGCUCCAAGAACCCCUGUCAAAACCACGGCACAUGUUCUGUUAAAAAUGGAAAUUAUUCUUGUAAAUGUCCUCCAGGCUAUAGUGGGAAUACCUGCUCCCAUUGUGAAGUUACGCCAUGUUCCAAGAACCCCUGUCAAAACCACGGCACAUGUUCUGUUAAAAAUGGAAAUUAUUCUUGUAAAUGUCCUCCAGGCUAUAGUGGGAAUACCUGUACGACAACCCCAUUUACGCCAUGCUCCAAGAACCCCUGUAAAAACCACGGCACAUGUUCUGUUAAAAAUGGAAAUUAUUCUUGUAAAUGUCCUCCAGGCUAUAGUGGGAAUACCUGCUAUAGUGGGAAUACCUGUACGACAACCCCAUGUACUCAUAACACUUGUCGAAAUAGAGGAACUUGUAAAAUUAGUGGAUCAACGUCUAGUUGUGCGUGUCCCACCGGUUUCACAGGCUCCCAUUGUGAAGUUACGCCAUGCUCCAAGAACCCCUGUCAAAACCACGGCACAUGUUCUUGGGAAUACCUGUACGACAACCCCAUGUACUCAUAA